CUGGAUUAGCAGUAGAGCAUCUGGGGCUUGAACUGCUGUCUACAUGAGCCGGUACCAGAGGUCUAGGAUUAGCCUGCUGUGUCCCUGGGCUGACCCUCCUGCACUUGUGAUGCAGCUCUCUGCUAAAGUGCCUGGGAAAGCAGCAGGAAGUGGCCCAAGUGUUGUUCUUAGGAGGCAACUCAGGAUGACCCUGCACCCACAAGAACGGAAGACGACCUGGUGAAGUUCCUGGCCAGCCCGGUUCCUGUGGCCGUUUGGUGAGUGAGCCAGCAGACUUAGAUCUCUCUCUCUCUCUCUCUCCCCUGUGGCUCCCCUUUUUCUCUGUGUAACUCUGACUUUCAAAUAAAUAAAUACAUCUUUUUUAAAAAGCACAGUCCCAUGAGGUAAGUAGAUCUCUUGAAUUCUCUCCUCUUGUUGAAAAUUUUUUAUCCUUUGAACCGCAUCUCUGCAAAGCCGAGUCACCCCCACUCCCACCGUGACAACUACUGUUCCGCUCUGUUCCUGUGGGUUUAUCCUUGCUAGAUUCCACAUAGAAAGCAGAUCCCGUGAUGUUUGUUUUUCUGUUCCAGGCUUAUUGAACAUGUUUUCCAGUGUUCACGUUGUUGCAAUGACGAGAUUUUCUCUAUUCAUGACUGAAAUAGUAUUUCUUUUUGUAUUUUCUCAACAUUUUCUUUAUCUGCUCAUCGGCAGCUGCACAUUGGUAGUCGCUCUUCUAAAACUUUUAAACCAAAGAAGAACAUCCCAGAGGGGUCCCACCAGUAUGAACUCUUAAAGCAUGCUGAAGCCACCCUUGGCAGUGGCAAUCUCCGCAUGGCGGUCAUGCUUCCUGAGGGGGAAGAUCUAAAUGAGUGGGUUGCAGUUAACACGGUGGAUUUCUUCAAUCAGAUCAACAUGCUCUAUGGGACUAUCACAGACUUCUGCACUGAAGACAGCUGUCCAGUGAUGUCGGCCGGCCCCAAAUAUGAAUAUCACUGGGCCGAUGGAACAAACAUAAAGAAGCCCAUCAAGUGCUCUGCACCAAAGUACAUUGAUUACCUGAUGACUUGGGUUCAGGACCAGUUGGAUGAUGAGACGUUAUUUCCAUCAAAAAUUGGUGUCCCGUUUCCGAAGAAUUUUAUGUCUGUGGCGAAAACGAUCCUCAAACGCCUGUUCAGGGUCUAUGCUCACAUUUAUCAUCAGCAUUUUGACCCUGUGAUACAGCUGCAGGAGGAAGCUCAUCUCAACACAUCCUUCAAGCACUUUAUUUUUUUUGUUCAGGAAUUCAACCUUAUUGAUAGAAGAGAACUCGCACCACUCCAAGAACUGAUUGAAAAACUCACCUCAAAGGACAGAUAAAAGGAUACAAGCUUGAAUGUUCCUGAAAUGAAGCUGUGUGCAGUGUAUUUGGGUCCUGGUUAUGCUGUGUUUUUAUCUACAUUGUUCUGUCUUUGGUUUGGGGGCUUGUGUGGGUUCCUGGUUGUUUUUUUUUUUUUUUUUUAAUUUUUUAUCUUUGAAACCUUAUUUUAUUGAUAGAGGAAGCCAAGAAACAUUCUCUGUACUUUUGAUAGGGAUAAAUUGUGUUUUAUUGGUGUAGCUUUUUUAAAAAUUAAUUUUGAUUACUUGGGAAAUAUUUUUGCAAUAUUCCUUGCUAAAAGAAAACACUUAUUGAUUGACAUGCUGGCAGAUGGGGUUCUGUAUUGUGUAAAUUGUGGCCCAUUUUUCAAGUCCCCAUAAGACUUUUAUUUUUAAGUGCCUUGGCAGGCUCACGUCCGAAGUGCAAAGCACAGACACAGAACUGAACAGGGCUUGAAGCCAUGGUAGGAUAAUACCCAGGGCACUCUGUGUGCAUGCUAUAAAACACCUGUGACAAAAGCCAUAGCUGACCUACAUUGGUGAUCUCCAGCUUUUACUACAUUGAAGAAACAUAAUUUGUAAAGGUGUGCAUGUAGAACAUAAAAAAAAACCCCCACAAUAUUUCUUAAUUAUUUUUUAUAUUGACAGUAGUAGAGUCUGCUCAACAAAUACCUAAAAGUUCUACAAGCAGGUCUUUUCCAUCUGUUGAUAUCUGUGAUAUUGAAACUUGAGGAUGUUGAAAUGUAAUACAUUUUACAUUUUCGCUUCUUUUUACUGCACUGUAGGUGUAACAAUUCAGGUUAUAUAUAAAAUUGCCAUCUUCAGAGUUGAUACUGAACUGUGAGGUUUCUUAGCAAUUGCCAAAUGAGCCAUAAAUCUGCAGAAUCCCUUUCUACUUUGAAUAGGAGGGGAUGAGAGAGUGUGUUUUGUGAGGGAGGUGGUUAGUUUUGUGGGUAAUGAGGGGUGGGGUUGAGUAUAGGGAGUCAAGUUCUAGAAAGCCCUGGCUUAAAACCCUUGAAAAAAGAAUGGUGUGAAGAUUUUUUAAAAAGUAGGUAAAAAAUAAGCAAAGUCUUAGAGGCUUCCUGUGAGGAAUCAACUUCCAUGAGAAGUUACAAAUAAAUUACUAAUUUUAAGUACAGAUAUUAAGCAUAGAACUUUAAGAUGGGAGAAAUCGAUACCUUUUCAGCAUUUCCAUUCAGUGAAUGGAGCUGGUCUUUUGCCUAUCAUUUUUAAAUGAUACAGUACCUUCUUUGCUUAUUAUAGGCUCAGUUUGAAGCUUUCUGACUCCUGCUGUUUCCACUGUGAGAAGUCUUUUCUUUGCAGUGAUAUCAAACAAUAAAAAUGCUGUACCUCCAUAGUGAAUUAUUUCCAUAAGUAACAAGUCAAGAAAGUUAGCUUUUAGAAUGAAAGAAAUACUAAGUUUUCACUUGUUUUAUUCUUGAGAAAUACCCGUUUCUGGCUUCUAGUUUUAUUUUUGUCACUUACAGCAAAUCUGCUUUCAGUAAGAAACACAUGUCCUUUCAGUUAGAGAAACUGCCUCUCCCCUGCGCACCAGCAAUGCGUGCUCUGAGAGCAUAUAAGGCACUUAGUUCCAAAACAUCUACAAUGAAAUCAGUCUUUUUGUCAUCAACAGAGCAGUGAUAGAAUUUAAUACCAUUAAAGUGAUGACCACUAGGAACUGCCUUUUUCUCCACUUUACGUGUAGCAGGCACUUGCCAAGUACCAGAGGACAUUUCAGGAGAGACUGGCAGAAACAGGUAUCUUGGACUUUUACUGAUCGUGCUUUUUCAUAAACUUCACUGAGAGCUAGCUGAUUUCUCAGACCUGUUAGUGUUCAGAUAGAUAUCAACCAGUAUGGGUCGACUGAGAAAUGACAUUGGGUGUCAGGCAAUUUUAGUCCCACCUAUCUAGGAAAAUGAAGCUGUGAUUACUGAGUCUCCCUUAAAGCAGUGCUUCUUACAGACCUCGUAAAUAGAGGCUGCGAUAGCCAAGUCAGAGAUUGUUCUUGCUCUUUUAAGCCUUAUUCAUUAAUACACUGUAAAAUAGGAAGCUGUUUCUAUAAAUUAAUGCUUUAAUAGGAUUUACUGUCCGAGUCCAUGUAGAUAGGAGUUGGUUUUCACUGUGCCAGAAUCUCAGGUGCCUGCUUCUGAGUCGGGAAGUGAGGAGGUGUGUGUGAAUGGAAGGGAAGUGGAGAGGCCUCCCGUUGUCCCCCGUGUUACAAGGCAACCGGUGUGGAAACGUCAGAACAUCAGAACACGCAGGAAGGAGCUGGUUUACUAGAAAGGUAGUUACGAUCGUUGGGUUCCUAGGGGAAUUAGUAAGAGGCUCUUGUUUUAUAAAAUAAGAAAGUCAGGUUUUAGAACAGAACAUGCUUUUAGGUGUUGAUUGGAGUUGCUUCAUUUCUUUUGCUUUAAUUUAUAAAUAACCAACAUAAUUCUUUUCCUUCCUUCUCUUUUUACAUAGAUAUAAAGCAGAGGCUAGCUUUCUCAUCCUUUGAAAAAAGCAUCAAACAUACAGAAGCAAAUUAACGUAGUUUUAUUGUCUGGAUGCAUCAGUUAAGUUAUGAAACACAUUUUAGUCAUUAUUUUAAAUGAUGAAGUGGCAGUGUUGAGGAGAAAUUGACAACAGUGGAAAUCUUAGAGUUAGCAGUAAAAGCUGCUGCUGGCUUCCCUCCCUUGAUUUGACUAUUCCAUUUUCCAUAAAAACCACAUUAGAAUGCACUAAAGCAGUAAGCGUGUGUCAGUUAGCUGGUGGCUUUGCAGCCCAAUUUAUCUUGAAAGGUUUUAGAUUGCUGUUUCAUUGGGCCUUGCCGGUUAGUCAGCUGUAGCUUAUAAAUGGUCAGCAUAAAAUGAGUUAGGUGGGGUAAGGUAGGGUUAGUGUAGUAUGUCUCAGACGGAGUUACUGUCUGGCGUCUGAGAAUGGUGAAGCACUACAGGAAGUAGAGAUGAUGUGGAUAUUUUACAAAUACAAUCAGCAGAUUCCAUUCUUUUUGUAUUAUUUUCCUUGCUUAUGGGAAAAUGGAAAUAUAGAUUUUCUUUUAUACUCUUACCUUUCUGAGAGAGGUUUUAAUGAUCCGAAUGAUAGAAUUUCCUUUUAAAAUGCUUGUGUCAUACCCCCGCAUCCUAGUAAGAGCUGAUCGUAGGUUGCCGGGAGCACUCCCUGCUCCAGCUGUGCCAGGACGCGCUGGCGUCUGUGUGCAGUGGAGAAUAACCAGUAGUUGAUGAACACGCAGAAGUGCAGUGCUUCUGGGAGUUUAUUUUGAACAUGUCACACAAAUCAGUUUGUGACUGUCAAAGGAAGUGAGUUUCACCAUUGUCGUUGCACUGAAAGCUUGCUGGGUGGCUUAAUGUGACCUAUCUUAAUCCCCACACUAACUGGCUGUGCCUGGAGAUCUGCACCGUAAGGGAAGUUUGAAAGAAAGUGACACACUCUGAAUGUGCAGGACGGGACAUGUGAGGAGUGGUUUCCGAGAUCACUAUCUUGCAGUACACAGCAUCAUUUAGAUGUAUAAAUUUUACUUUAAAAAAUUCUGUCUACUUACAGUUAAAUCAUUUUUUAAAACCAUUGUUUUUCUCCAAAAAUUGUUUCCUGUUUUGUUUCUUACCCUGAAAACUGUUGAAUCUCAUAUUGGCUGCUAUAGUAAUUUUGAUCGAAUUUCUAAUACGGAAGAAUGGAUCCAAUAUUUAAGAUAGAAAUAGUUUAAGAGAAUUUUAAGCACUUGACUUUCAUGCUUUUUUUGAAGCAUGUUUUCUGUCACAUAAGCAGUUUUACUUUAUUAAAGACUAACAAAAAUCGGAUGCUUUGUGUUAUGCUGAGUUUUAAGCUUACGUGUCACAAAAUAUUUACAAUUAUAAUAAUUUCAUGUAUAUGUUGAAUUUUUGAAUGUCCUUUAAAAAGAUAUGGGGGCAGAGGUAUAAUUGUAAUUUGGAAAUGUGACUUUAUUUAUUGAAACUUAUCUGGUAUACUGAGACUUGACCUAUUCUUAGAAACACAGCUGUACACUUUAAGGACCACUCCUAAAGUAAUUAAAUGCUAAGAAUUUUUCCUGAUAAGAUUUAUCAUAGGAGUCAUUUGUUGAGCUGUCAGCUUAGUUGUUCAUGAGAAAAUAAAACUUUGGAGGUAAAGCUGUUUUAAGAUCUACUGGAAAAGUCUGAGUAUGAAACAAUUCUGAAGGCAGAUGGUUUGAAUUUUUACAAAUCUGCUGAACUAAUCACACAGAUGUUGCAUAUUUGCCAUUUGUACCUGAACAAAUUACAUUUGACAAAAGAAAACAGAACAAAAUACUGGGUACUCGCAGUUUUUCAAAUGUAGAUUUGCUUUUCCUCAUGUAGAAUAUAUUUGAGAACUGUAGUACAUAGAAAGAUAGUAAAAUCACUGGCCGUUCGUACCGCUUUUCCUGAGCCCUCUCCCCCCAGCUGACGCACACACAGGUGUGCAGGCACACACAGACACCUUGGAAAACAAGUUUUCAUUGUUGGUGAUUCUGGAGUACACAGGUUUCAGCCGAUAGUUUCCUUUAAAUGAUGUCACUGAAGCAGAUUAUUAAUGAUAUAGAGUAAUACUUUUUAUUAUUUAAUAUUCUUUCAUAUUAAUAUUAAAUUAGGUAGAUUUUUUUUUACAUUUUUGCACAAGUUUUCAUUUUGUUUCAAUACUCAGUUGUUUCAAUUGUAAAAUAGAUGAGUGUGUUUUCAUUUUAAGAACAUUUUUAUCCUUAAAUUGUUCUGCAGAAAUGACUAUUUUUAGGGAAAAUGGUUUUUUAUAGCCACUAAAUUGUAUCUCUUAUUUUUGUACAUAUAUAAUCAGGUGGCGAGGGCACCGAUCUUUGUAGGAAAUACUUUGUUCUAUUUGAGUUUUUCCUACGUAUUUAAGUGUUACCUAAAAUUAUCAACAGGAACAGUAAUCUAGACUGAGAAUACAGUGAACAAGAGAACACCCAAAGCGUGAAGGAGAUCGCUUCUGAAGACAAAAACAUAGGGUGCUGUCGGUGCUGGGGGCUGGAUGGACGCAGAAAAGCAACAUUGACAUUGUGCAGGUGUCUAAGAGAAUAUUUCCAGACAGGAUCCAGUCCUCGAGGAAGAGAGGGAAGGGAUAAAAUGGUCUAAAAUAGGAAAUAUGGGCGCUGCAUGGUAAACUGUGCCAAGAUUAUGCAAGUUGUAGUUAUUAUUGAUCAGAGCUUGCUACAUCAUUUUGUUCUAAAGGGGAUAUUGAAUGUCAGAAAAUUUAUA